AUGAGUGCUUUCCAUUUGACUCUAUCAGCAGCAAUUCUUCUUGCCUCAUUCCACGAUUUGCCAACCCAACCCAAUUCCUUCUCUGCGGACCUGCAUCACAUCUCUCUUAGGAGUGAGGCUGUUUUGGGUCCACCUCAGGCUGUAACCUAUCAAACGACCGAUAAGGGAAUUCCUUUGGAGCAAGCCGUUAGUAGACAGAGGUUGAGACCAGGUUCAGGAUUCCUCUCAGUGUUCAUUAAUACAGAUGGUCCGACACGUGUUCUCCAAAUUUCAGAUAUAAAAGAAAAGAGAGUUUUCACGCUUGUAGAUGAAGGCUCAUGGAUAAAUUUUUCUAAUGCUGCAAAUGCCAAUAAAAGGGAUGAUUCUCAAGGCAGAGAAGUUCAGAUAAUUAUACAAUUGCCAGUUGUUGGAAUAAGUUUAGUGUCUAGAAAACCUCAUGAGGAACUGCUAUAUGCCUACUUGUCUGGAAUAAAAAUGCAUAUUCUUGUUCAACCUACUGCUGAAUUAUUGGAUCUUUCUGUUCAAGACAUACAAAUUGAUAAUCAGGUUUUCGAAGCACAGAGUCCAGUUACACUUUAUGUUACUCCUAUUACAAGAUCUUCUGAUCCUGAAGAACUAGCACGUCCUGCUAUCAGCAUAUCUGCUGAAAAGACUCCGAACAAAUAUAGUUAUAAUGCAGAUAUUUUUAAGCAUCUGGUCAUCCGUGUAAAGAACAUCUCUUUAAUUAUCGAUGAAAAGUUGUUAUUAAAAUUGAUUGCCUUUGUUGGUUGGAAUACUAAGGAGGUCAAUGAACAUGCUGAUGAGAGUGAUUUCGAAACGCAACGUAUUCUUGCUGAGGCAUCUUCUGUUCAUGCUAAGAGAUAUUAUUUCGGAAUAUUAAAAAUACUAUUCACACAAGUGAGACUGAGUUUUAUUACAUGCAAUAAAUUGAAUCCGGAAUUGCAGCUUAUCAAGAGACAGUUAGGCUUUACUGUGAUAAAAUUUGAAGAUGCCAAUGUGGAAUUACAACCAUUCUUUCGUCAGCAUUCAUAUGAAAGUAAUCAGAUCUUGAUAAAUUCCAUCAUUCAACAUUAUAAAGAUGAAUUAAAAUGGCAAGCUGGAAUUAUUUUGGGGUCUGUUGAUUUUCUCGGAAAUCCUAUCGGAUUUGUUAGCGAUCUUUCUGAAGGUGUAUCUGGUUUGAUAUAUGAUGGAAAUGUUGGAGCCCUUGUUAAAAAUGUUGCUCAUGGGUUAUCAAAUUCUGCAGCCAAAGUCACAGAAACCCUUGGUGACGGAAUGUGUCGAGUUAUUUUGGAUGACCGUCAUGAAGAGAUACGUCAGAGGAUAAGGACAGUGAAGUCAGGAUCAAGCGGAGAACAUCUAGUUGCUGGUCUGAAGGGGCUUGGAUUUGGUUUGCUUGGUGGUGUUACUUCUUUAGUUAGGCAAACAUAUGAUGGUGCUGCAUCAGAUGGCUUUCAGGGUCUUAUAUCAGGCUUAGGGAAAGGGCUUGUUGGGACUCUUACCAAACCUGUCGUUGGUGUACUUGAUUUAGCUUCAGAAACUGCCACUGCUGUCAGAGAUUCCAGUAGAAGUUCUAGUAAGGUGAUUCCUAAAAGAAAAAGACCUCCAAGAUGUGUUACAAGUCCGUCUGGCUUCUUACCUCCGUAUAGUAAAAAGCAGAGCCAAGGCCAACAAUUCCUUUAUUCGAUAAACAAUAGAAAAUAUUCCGAACUGUUUAUGGCCUAUGAAGUUCUGAGGAGCGGAAGUGAAGACUUAAGGAUAGUAAUAUCUAGUGAAAAUGUUCGUGUCUUUAGUUGCAACCCCAAUUCCAAUGCUACUACCAUUAUUGUGGAGAGACAGCUGGGAGAAUUAGAAGACUGCCGACCUUUGGUUAUAGCUGGGAAUAAUAUCAAUGCAGGUCCUGUUUUUUAUAUCGAACUAAGGAUGGCAGAUCAAGGAAACACUUCUCUAAUUGCUCAAGAUGGAAAGGAGGGGCCUCGUAUAAGAUGUGAUUCAGAGGCGAUAGCUGUAUGGGUAUCUCAACAGGUGAACUAUGCAAAAGAGCAAUUUAUCGAAAGGCAAAAUACAUUAGUACCCACUGAAGACAAUUUGCUUGAAGAUUAAAGCUGUUACUCAGAAUUGUCUCAUUAAUACUUACUAUUUUAUGCACCUUAAGAGAUUCUAGGUGUGUUGAAGAGGUUGUUACUGAAUUGAUCCCAGUCGUGUACAGUUACUCAACGAUAGUUAUUUUAUUGUUAUAUGUAUAUAAUACGCGUUUCCUUUUAAUGAAAAAUAUUGAUUUCUGUUUUCUAUCAUAGUUUUACUCUUAUUUGUACAGCUAACUUAUUCUUUAAAAGACCUUCUUGUACACUACUUGUUUUCAAUCUAUUUUUGUAGAAAUUGAAAAAAUUGUAGUGCUCAUUGGGCACAUCUUUUCUGUGAUAUUAAAGCAUAAUUAAUAAUGAUUCAGUUUAUUAAAUAUGUUCUUUCUAAAAGAAACUUUUUGUCUUGUUAAACAAGUCCUUUUUUUAUAUUUAUCUUUAUUAGUUUUUUUUUAAAUUCAGCCCUUAAUUAUUUAAUUUUUUUUAUAAUAGUAAGCAUUUACUUUUACAAUCAAUAUAUUUAUUGAGAUGCAUUUAAUGUUUUCUCACCUAUUUGUAGUCUAUUUUUUGAACUCCCAAAGAUAUUAAUCAGUUCUUAGUCACUGGACUGAUAUUCUAUGUUACCACUGGCUUAAUUAUAAGAAUCUUUUUUGGCUUCUGCUUCAUAGCACAAUUUAUUUGAUAAUAUAAUUGUGAAAUUAUCAUUUUUAACCUGUUCUUUAUUUUUCAAAAAAAAUGGUACAUAAUUAUUGGAAUUAAUAUUUGUUUUAAAAAAAAUCAUAUUUUCAAUUAAAUCAUAUAUAUAUAUAUAUUUUUAACAGUACUAUAGUUAUUUUAUAUUUAAAACUAUAUGAUAUACAUUUAAUAGCAAAAAUGUUAUAAUAUUAAUAAAAAAGGAAGAUAAAUAUUUACUUAAAACUCCAUUUGUUUCCUUUAUAAUUAGUACAUUGUAUCUUAAGUUUUGGUGGGAUUGAGCAGUGUUAGAUUUCGUGAUAGAUUAUUUAUUUUUCCAGUGUGACUGUGCUUUUAUUCAAAUAGAUAUUUUAAAAAUUAUAAAUUUAUAUUUAUCUAUGAAACAUUUUAGAGUUUAUCAAAUUUAGUGUACUGGGUGAUUCAUCUUAAUGAAGCAUGUAGUAGAAUGAAUUGCAUGUUAAAAUAAAUCACUUUCUCAUCACUGUUUAAAUAAUUUAUUUUUUUUAUAUAAUUAAAAUAAACUUUAAAUGACCUGAGUAAGUGAUUCAUUUCGAAAUGUUUCAAUAUUUAAUAUUUUUCAAUGCUAAAGUGAAUCAUUCUGUUUAAUUAAUUAAAAUAAGGCUCAGAUAUUAACAGGGGUUAUAUAUUAUGUGCAAACAAGUUGUAAUAUAUUUUUUUUUUUAAAUAACAAAAGACUGAGAUAAUUAAAAUCAAUAACUUAUUACUAGUACUAAUGGUGCUGUGAAGUAGUUGGUGAUUUAUUUUCAUCCCAUAAAUUAUUAGGUAGGGUUCUUGUUAUAAACAUUUAAGCAUUAUAGUCAAUAAAUAUAUAUUAAACUGCU